UUCGCUAACUAGAUGCUUCCGGCAGUUUAUCGUUGAUUCGAUUUUAUUCUAUCAUCCGUGUUCGUCACAAUAUAUAUAUUGAUACUUUUGUAUAUUUGCGGCUUUAAAGUCAAUUUAUUGGUGGGCUAUUAAUUUCAAUUCGACAAUAUAUUCUUUAGUCUUAACUAAUCAAUUAACAAUAUGAAAUAACUACAAUUGAACCCAGAUUUUUCAAAAAUAUAGGGCAACGCACCCGAUCAGCUGAUUUUGAAUUGUCAAAUUUGACAAAUGCUAUUUUGUGCCGUUUUGCUGCUACUACAGAAUACUAAGUAAUUGGAAAAGAGGUUUUAGCUUCUAUAAAAUUUUAUAGAUUCUUUAAAACAAUAAACAAUUAUGGGCGGACACGGUCACAGUGAACCCUAUAAAGUGCCACAUCCAUCAAUAUACAAAGUGGAAAAUAUUCCUAAGUUACGCGAAGUGCAAGAAGCGCUAGCCCGUCAGGGUUUAAAGGAUCCAUGGUUGAGGAAUGAAGUGUGGCGUUAUGAGCCCAGCAAAAUGGGCACACAUGCUAGUCGUGCCCGCGCUUUCUUCUUGCGUGGUCUAUUGUGGGGUUCAAUUGCUGCUGCCAUACACAUUGGUUCCGAAUAUGCUUUUAGUUCGAAAGAUGAUCACGGUCAUGGACAUGGCGAUGGUGAACACUCUGAAGGCGGGCAUCAUUAAAAACUCCUUUGCGUGGAACAUUCGUCGUUAUUGCUACUUUUAAAUAAAGCAAACAAUUACCGAAUUUGUCAUUAUCCGUGAUUGCACAAAAGUAGCGUGUUAAUCAAACCAAAUACAGCGUUUAGGAUAAUUUAAA